AUGGAUAUGGAAAUAAGUGAUUCUGAUAAAUCUAUAAUUAGAAGCAGAAGAGAAGCAUCAAGAUUACGGAUAUUCUCUUCCUCUUCAGACGAGGAUUUUGUUAAUGUAAACAAUGAAGAAAACGAAUGUUCCACGGAUGGAGAAGAUUUGGUAUCUAAAUCAGAGAACGAGGAUCACGAUGAAGAAUGGCAGGAAGUAAAAGAAAGAACUGUAGUUAUAAAUGAGUAUUCAGAAGAAGAGGAAUUUUUACAUGAAAACAUUGACUGUAAUGACCCUUUUGCUUUAUACAAACUAUUCUUCACGGAUUACAUACUAGAGAAGAUGAAACAAAGAGUUGAUGAAACAAAUAAAUAUGCUACAAAAAGUAUAAAUAAUUCUUCAUCUAGCAGUAGAAUGCACCAACAGGACUGGCAAUCUGUUACAAGAGAUGAAAUGAAUACUUUUUUUGGCAUAUUGCUUAUUAUGGGUAUAGUGGAAUUGCCAGAAAUUAGAUUGAAUUGGUCUAACAAGGACAUGUAUGCGAACGCACUCAUAAAAAAGACAAUACCACAGCCAAAACUGAAAAUCGGUUGCACAAAAUUCGAAAUAUUAUUGAAGCAAAUGUGGAUAACUUUAAGAGUUCUAUUAAACAAGGCAAAAAUAUCGUUAUCGAUGAAAGUAUGGUUCCAUAGAGAGGACGUCUAG